AGGAAUUUAUUUUACCGUGUUACAUAUCUGAAUAUCUAAACACCCCUUCUUAUCAAAAAUAUGCGCAAUAAAACCAAUGAGGCUUUAAAUUAUCGAACAUUUUCCUAUCGGUUUUCCAUCAAUUGCUUUGGAAAAUGAUUAAAUUAGCUCGUGUGGGUUUGCUAGUGUCAAUUUUCGUUUUGGCGAAUUGUGAUAAUAGUGAUAAAAUUAGUUACGAAGAAGCGAAGUUAUCUAACUAUUUAAAGGAACUUGAGGAAACACCAGCAGUUUCCUUAGUUGGAGAUUAUGUAGUUUUGCAGAAGAAGGAAGGAAGAGCCAAUCAAGAAGAGAGUGAUUUGAGUGAAGAUUUAUUGAGCAGAUGUGCACGGUUUUUAGCUAGUCGAGAGCUAGUCAUAAAAAUGCCUGAAAGUGAAGGAAGAGAUUUAUUUUCAGGUUCAAGAAGUAAAAAAAUACGAAGAAUACUCCUUCCUUUGCUGCUUCUCCUCAAGCUGAAAGCCGCCAUAAUCUUACCAAUUGUUCUAUCGGCAAUUGCUCUACUGUCUUUGAAGGGAUUUGGGCUUAGUCUAGCUGCCUUAGCUGUAGCCGGAACUACAGCGCUAAAAAAUCUUUUGGAACAUGCUGGUUCGAAAGUCUCAUAUGAAGUGGUACCAACGCCUGUUGGACAUUGGAGCCGAUCCGGUGCUUUAGACGAUAGUCUGGUUAACGCAUAUGAGUAUCAAGCUAUAUGAAUAUGCGUUCGAUGGAUUAUUUAUUGAAUAGCUUUAGGUGUUUGGUUACCAGAAUUUCUUAGUAGAAGAGUUAAAAUGGUGGACAAACGAGUUCAAGCAAUGGGCAUUUCUAGGAAAUAAAACACUUUUUACAAUUUA